AUGACCACUUCCGAAAUAUCAUCUACUUCUCCCAAAAAUUCUCCUCUUAACGUUCUACAUCACAGUCCUUCCAGUAUGAGAGAUUUGAACUCCAAUGAUUCAUUAACACCUUAUCUCAGUUACGGGGACGGUGACAAAAAGAAUCUUUCUGAAAAGCAAACGAUCACAGACUUCUCAAGGUCAUCAGAAAAUAUUUCCAUUAAUGACUCUGGUCACAAAAGCAAAGACUCUAUAAUGACUCCGACUCCAACCCAAUAUUUUGAUUCAAAGUUGGUAAAGGUUCCGCAAACUCCACAAAGAUUGUUCACAAAUCUACGAUCCUCGCGUGAAACGCGUUUUCCUACAAACAAAAGACGCGAUUCUGAUCCCGAGUACACAUUUCGCCAUCAUAAACGCCCCCAUCAACGGAAGAGGGCUAGUGAUACCUACGCCUUUCCUAGUCGGAAUAAUAAUAGUAAUCAACCAAGAACUUAUGAUUAUUACUUUGACUCUGGGGGAAAUGUUCGCAGAAGUCUCGGCGAUUAUGAAUAUACUGGUGGUAAUGUAGUUGGUGACAACUUCGGAGGUAAUAGUAAUGAUAGCAAUCACUAUAUAAUAGAGAAUAUGGUAGACAACGAAGGAAAUAUUUCGCGCGAACUAGGAGAAGGAAGUGGCAGUGGUUUUGAAGGGGAAAGCAUAGAUAACUUAUUGAGACGAUAUAGCACAAACACCACAGUCACAAGCAAUACCAACGUAUCUCUUGUGUCCCCAACAUUUUCUACGUCACUUUCCGUCACACCAUUAUCGCCCUCUACUACUUUAUCAUCACCAAUUUUCCCCAAAUCAUUAUCACCAACGACAGAAAUCACGCCAAUAAUAACAACGCUAUCCUCAGAUGUAACAUAUACAACACCACCCAUCUUAAAUUCUCCAACGAAGCAUAAGUCGCCAUUAUCAUCAUUGGUUAGUAACCUAAGAUCUCCCAAAUAUUUUCGACGGCAGUCUGAUUCUCUAUCAUUAAGAUCGAAGCGACAAGAUAAGGGAAAGCGGAGAAGCGAUGACGACGAUAAUUCUCUGGACACUGAUCUCAGUGGACCGAGUAUCGCGAAAGGCGUGGUAUAUUUGGAUGAUACUGUGGAUGAAGAGGAUGAAAUAAGGCUUGAUAAGAUGAAAUAUUUGGCAUUCUCAAAUGAUGACGAUAUUAAUUCGACGAAUUCUCGUAAUCAAAAUAUUGCUAGCAGAAGUUUUUUGAGAGGACAUAAGAACAGUGGUAGUAUUAGUAACGCCGGAGCAACAAGUUUCAGGGGAGUCACCAAAUCUAUUACGAGCGGUUUGGCCACGAGAAGUACAUCAUCCUUGUAUCCACAUUUGAGGUAUUCUUUCCAUCAGAGAAGUUUCAGCAGUGGGAUGAAUGAUGACGUGAGUCGACGAAGAUCCAACACCCUGUCCUCAGCCUCAAUUUCUACUCCUCCAGAACCAAAAUCGAUACAAGAUCUAAAGCAUCAAACGCAUCAAAAAAGCUCUUCUUCACCGGAAAAUAUAUUAUCAGGUUUAUAUCAGGAAGAUUUUAAUUAUGAUGCGGGAACAGGUGGCCGUGAUAGGACAGUUAGUGAAGAAAUAGGAGUUGAUGACUUGAAAUGGAAGCCUCAUGAAAAACACGUUGCAUUAAAACGUUUGAAAACGGAUCUUCCGGAAUUAGACGAAAUGUCGUUAAAAGAAUUCAUACGUGAGGCAAGACUACUUAAUAAAGUCCUAUACCAUCCAAAUCUCAAUGAAUUCUAUGGUGUGACGAGAGAUCCCGAAGGGCAAAUAUACACGCUUGUGCUGCAAUACGCAAAUAAUGGUAAUCUUCGUGAUUACUUAGCGUCCCAUAAGGAUUCGCUCAAAUGGGAGGAUAAGCGACGAAUGUCUUUGGACAUCGCAGAAGGAAUAUGCUACUUGCAUUCCGAAGGAAUCAUCCAUCGAGAUCUGGUAAUCACCUUAAAAUUUAUUAAUUAUCCCGUGCACGAUGACAGAAUGAUGAUAGCUGAUUUUGGCCUUUCAAAGAGCUUGGACGAAAAUCCUGUGACAUCAUCGAAUUCGGGUCUUCGAGGAAUGGCAGGAUAUAUCGACCCUCAGUGCUAUAUUAAGCACGGAUUUAAAAGAGAUAAAAAAUCGGACAUCUUUAGCUACGGGGUUAUCUUAUGGGAGAUAUCAAGCUGUCGAGUUCCCAUUCCGUAUUAUCCAUUCGAUCCUGUCGAAGGUACCCCUGUAAGCUUUUAUAAACUAUAUAAAAGAUGCCAGAACAAAAAUCCGAAUGAACGACCAGAAAUUGAAGAAGUAGUCCAUAUUCUAAAGGACUUAGAUAUCGAGUUAAUAAUUCCAAUUUUAGAUAUCUCCAGUAAUGAAUCAUUAGAAAAAAGCCGUUAUAGUAUCGGUUCUCACCUGACAGAUUCUAUAUCAAUACCUCAAGGAAGUUACUUAGUUUUAGACACGAACCAAGAGACAAUUCAAGUUAAUAAGUUACAUACCCUUCAGGGACAGCGAAGUGUAGCCAAAGAAUUCUUUAGAACAGGAAAUUUUGUGAAUGCACUAGAGCUUUGGGAAACGGUCUAA